CUGGAUUUUCAAAAUAGCACAAUACAAAAAUUUUAGUCAAAAAAUUUUAUUUUUAUACAACAUUUAUUUUCACAACAAAAUUGUUCGUACAAACUAAUAUCAAAAUCUUCUAGUUUCUUGUUUUACCAAAACGGUCGUCUGACUAAAUUUUAGAACCAGCUUAAGUGCAAAGGUAUAUUUUCAAAUAGCAACAGGACAUGGGACGUGUAUUUUAUAACAUUUCACACUGAAUUAUAUUGCCUUAGAAAGUUGAUGAAGUGAAAAGCUGGACUUUUGGAGCUUUAAACAAAAUGAGCUGUUUCUGUUUUCAGCAAUCCUCAUGACACGUAUUUUGAAAAUCGCAGAACUAAUUUCAAUAGUAUGCACCAGAUAGAUGAGGAACGUGUGAGUGGGAAUCAACCAGCACAAGCAGGUCGUGGCAGACAGUGUUUGGCCGAAUCUUCAACUCCUUUUCCACCUUCUCCGCGUCAAUAUGAAGCACGAGAGUUUGGUUUAUGUGAAGAUGAAGAGUUUCGACAUCCGCGCAUGUUCGAAAACUUAGCUUAUGAAACGGAUGCUAGUGCCUUUGAGGCGAUGCGCAGACAAAAUGCCAGGCCACCCUAUCAACAACAGCCUAGAUUUAACAUAAGCGAUCUGCCAUCGGAGCAAAUAGAUGAUUUUUCAAAUCCACAAUUUAGCGAGGCUUAUGAUGAGGGGGAGUGCAAUGUGUGUCCACAGCAACAGCAAACACCAAAUAUUUCCGAUAUAUCUGCACCGGAUUUUUGUGAUAUAUCUGACGCUUCACCUUGGCCGGCGCAAUCGCCACCAAUGCAACAACAACAACGGCAACAGUCAUAUACAAGUGAAUGUUUGGAUGAUAUGUCGGCUCCGGUGUAUGACAGCCCAGUAGGAUCACCUACGCCUCAGCCACAUUAUACACCCAUAGGUCUCAUGGAUACGCCGGAUGUGUGUGCACCAACGCCACGGACUCCUACGCCGACACCACCUCAUUAUUCGCCAAUAAGAUUUCAGCCUUCGCCUGUGCAGUACCCCAGCGAAUGCUUGGAAGACGUUUCAGUACCCUCAUUUGCACAAACACCUUGUGACGCACCGAGAACACCCUCGCCCCGAAGAGUACAAACGCCACAGAAUUUGCCCUCUGAUAUGAUUUGUGAUGUCAGCCCUCUGCCUUUUGCUUCACCGCCAACACCUUCAUUGUCAUAUCCCAGCGAGGCGUUAGAUGAAAUGACAAUGCCCUCAUUCGAAAACGCCUCUUGUGGUUCCCCUUUGGAUAGGCGGUUUCUUUUGGAUCCAAGGUUAGCUGACGAAAGUCCACCACAAUUUGCCAGCUCUGGUGCUUCAUCAUCAAGGCGCUCGUACUCUAGAGGAAAUACGCCAUGUCUGCCUGCAGAGUGUCAGCCACAACAAUCGUAUGAGGCCACUUCCACGAGGGAACGUUCGUCUCCAGCACGUAGAUUCAAUCUGUCUCAGAUUAUGUCACAACGUUCAUCCCCGUCACGGUCCCCGUCACGGUCUCCGUCUCCGGUGUGCCCACCGACUCCUCCAGCACCACACUUUUCGUUGCGUUCGCCCACACCGGUCGGUGGAUACUCCUUAGCCGACGAAUGUCUAAUGGAUGUUAGCGAACCGACAUUAGUUGGAAGUUCAUCAAUGUCACCGUACGCAAGACCAUUUCCAGAUAGCUUACCGAGUGAAUGUCUGGGUGACAUAAGUGAACCAUCGUAUCAGAUGACCCCACCUCCGCGCACACCCUCUAUGCCUCAUGAUCUGCCGUUUGAGCAAAUAUGUGAUAUAAGCCAGCCGAUGUAUGACAGUCCACGUAGCGAACAUUUGUCUAGCAUGUCAAUGCCUUCCUUUGACGAUACAUCUUGUGGUUCACCUUUAGACAGACGGUUUCUGUUGGAUCCUAAUAUUAUGGAUGAGAGUCCACCAGAUUUUGCAUCAUCUAGAGCAUCGUCGCCCUGUAGAUCACUUUCACCAAGUAUUCAGCCGAUAACACCGCGCAGAUCGCCUUCACCACGUGGACCAAGCUCCAGAGUAGCAUCGCCUCAGCGAUCUAUGUCUUCACGUCAUUUUUCGCCAUUGCCAAGCCAGCAACGUUCGCGUAGUCUAUCUCCUAUUUGCUCACCUACACCACCAGCACCACAUUUCUCCUUACGUUCUCCUACUCCCGUAAGAACCCCACCUGUAAAUUUCAGUGCUCUGCGCCGAGCUUCGCUCGCACGCAGACAAUUUCCAAGUAACAUGACCAAUGAGUGUUUAGCUGAUAUUAGCGCUCCAUCCUAUGCAAAUACAACACCUCCCAGGACGCCAUCAAUGCCCCAUGAUCUGCCAUCAGACAUGUUAUGCGAUAUAAGUCAGCCAAUGUAUCAAUCACCUGGUAGUGAACAUCUUUCAAGUGAGACGAUGCCUUCCUUUGAUGAUACUUCGUGUAGCUCGCCACUGGAUAGGCGAUUCCUAUUGGAUCCUAGACUAGCAGACGAAAGUCCGCCGCAAUUCGCAUCCUCCUACUCGUCAUCACCACCCGCUUCCAAUGCGCCGUGCCCAUCAAUGGCUUCUUCUAGAUCACGUGCAGUUUCUCCUAAAAGACCUUCAACACCAGGUGCAGGAGACGCUUCGAGUUUCGACAAAACGUACUGCGAAAUUCUUCAGCGAUUCCAAGAACUAAAAUGUAAAGUAGAUACUCCACAGCGUGGAGCACCAGGAUCCGCUAGUGGGGGCAGAAGAGGAAUGCCUCCAGAUGAAUGUGUCAGAGAAACUGUUAUAGAACGCACUGAAAAUGAGAACGGACAACUUCAAAAUACCGCUAAAUAUAUUGCCAUAACAGUUGAUCCAUGCGGUUCUGUAAAAACACACACUAAAGAGAUUAAGACACAAUUUCCACGUUCCCCAGGCAGGUUGGCCCCACCUUCAGGGGACUCGGGAGUUCACACUCAAAACACAAUGCCCGGUUCACAAAUCGAAAAUUUGCGAAACUCUGUUCGUAGACGUUUGAGCUUUGACCUUUCGGACAUGCCAAGUGAAAAUUUAGUCGAUAUGAGCCCGCCAUGUGCUGAUGAUUUGCCUUCUAUGUCCACGGAAAAUAUUUUGCAGCAUUUAUCGAGUAUUCCCGCGGAACAGCUAUCAAGAGUUUCUGCACCCUCAUUUCGAACUCCUCCGACCCCAUCUAUUUCAUAUCCAAGUGAAAUGCUGGAAGAAAUGACAAUACCAUCAUUCGAAAAUACCUCGUGUGGUUCACCACUGGAUAGGCGAUUCCUACUAGAUCCCAGACUAGCAGACGAAAGUCCACCGCAAUUUGCAUCUUCCUAUUCGUCAUCACCAUCUGCUUCCAACGCGGCCUACCAGUCUGGGCCGUGCCCAUCUGAUCCUUGCAUGCGUAGUAGAACACCACCGCAUUCGCCAGCACGGUCCCCUCAAAGAGAUCCUUCCUCAAGGCGAUUUUCUCUUAGAUCGUCACCUCCAAGCGAAGUCUGUUCGCCUCCACCCCCCCUACCUCGUAUUUCUUUACGUUCACCUACACCUAUUCGCUCACCGCCAGGACGUCCUUUCCCAGUGAAUUUGCCCAGCGAACAAUUACUGAACAUAAGUGAACCUGCAUUUUUCAGUGGCCCACCUAGAGCCUCGCCACAAAUGCGCUAUCUAUCCCCAGACUACCCUUCCGAAAGACUUGACGACAUAAGUCAGCCAUCAUACCAGCAGACUCCGCCACCCAGGACACCUGUUUUCCCUACAGACUUGCCAAGUGAAUUGCUAGGAAAUAUAUCGACGCCUUCUUACAGAUCGCCAGCUAGUGAACACAUUUCAAGUAUCAGUAUGCCGACUUUGGAGGAUAUGUCAUAUGAAUCCCCUCUCGAUAGGCGAUUCCUCUUAGAUCCGAGAAUAGCUGAUGAAUCUAUGCCAACAUUGCCGGAAAUGCAAUCCACCCAACAAUCGGUUGGUACACCAAGGCCCCAGCCGGCCAGACGUCGUCUAUCGUAUAGUCAAGAGGAUUCAGCAAGAGGCAAUGCUUCGAGAAAUGGUAACAUUCGAUCUGGUUCCGAAGGUAGAGGAGGUCCAGCCACUGUGGAGAAAACGCAUACUACAAUAAAACAAAGUGGAUCCUAUCAACAAGAGCACAGCGUAACGCCGGGUACGAGAGAGGAUAAACCAUUUAGAUCUCCACGGCAGCGGGGACAAUCACCAUUAAUUGAUGCUGCACAAGAGCAACUCAAAAUAACUACGUCAGUUCAUUCUAUUACGCAGAUAUAUACGAACGGUGCUACGGAAGGCCCAACAGGCAGUCAAGGUCAAAGACGAAGUAUGUCACUACCGAGUGAAAAUCUUGGUGAUAUUUCAAUGCCACCUAGUCCACCAUCUAUGCGAAUGUCUACAACAGGACGUUCGCAACAAGGCACUUCAUUUCCAUCUGGCUCUCGAUCCGCAAGACGUCCGCAGCAACGGAAAAUGUCAUCAGCUCCUUCGGGGCCGCCAUCACAGCGAUCAAGGCAACGAAGACCAGUACAAGAUAUCAAUGAUAUAUCGCCGAUAUCAUUUGCAUCUACAAUACCCUCGACAGAUAUGUCUUCUUCAGCUCCUCGUAGAGGAGGUGCGACGGGUAAAUAUACAUCAACAUCGUCUAGAGGCCUCUCUGGUUUGGCAAAUUAUGCGCCAUUCUUUGAACAAAUUCGUUCGCGCAAUAACUCCAAUGCUUGCGAUCCUUGUAGUCCUUGCUGUCCAACGGUUCAAGACUUUGAUGAAUGUGAUCCGUGUGCUGGUUUUACAAAUGCUCGACCUAACAGAAAUGAUCCAUGUUAAAAACUCAUUGGUAAAACAAGAAAGCGAAAUUUUUUUAAAACACAAAAUAUACUAAGAUUAAAAUAAACUAAACAAAUUUAUUUGGUAUCCAACAAAUCAUGAAAUAAGAACACACAUAUACAUAAAAAU